UGUCUUUAUCUAUUUUGUUUUGGUCUCACAUUUCGUUACGCUCCUUCGCCUCUGCACUCAUUUUUGUUGAGACACGCGAAUAGUUUUUGUAAAAGUUUGAAUUAAAAGUUACUCUCCAUACUUACCCAACUUUCGGAACCAUCUCAUGGCAUCCGAGGAACAGCUUGCCCUUUCCGGGCUAAUUAAAUCGGUUCACCAGCAGUUGCGGGACUCUUCCAAGGAAGCCCAUCCGGAUCAAGUGUGGCGAGAACAUCUGCAAAACGAGGACCUCCUGAAGCGGUAUGCCGAAGCAAUGCGCACCCUGGCCACCUGUUACUGGGACAAAACCAUGGAAGUGUCCUGCAAGAAGGACAACAGCCGAAUCGAAUGGGUGGUCAAUUCGUGCCGGGAUUACUUUCUGGGGGCGCGUUUGCUGAACUUGUUUCGCGAUAAGGAUGACAAGGUAAUGAAAGCUCUGAACGAGAACUACAGCUAUCACCAUCAACCAUAUGACAUCCAUCGGGUAAGGCUUCUCGACGUUGGAAGCUGUUAUAAUCCGUUCAGUUCCUUCGCUGAAUUUGAGGUAACAGCUAUUGAUAUAGCCCCAGCUCACGAAACCGUUAAAUAUUGUGACUUUCUUGAGGUUCCCCUUAGUCAAAUUUUUACAAAUGAUUCGACGUCGUCGAUCAGUAGUCUUCCAUUGUCUUAUUUCGAUGCCGUAGUAUUUAGUUUACUGCUAGAGUACAUGCCAUCGUCCGACCAGCGAUUGCAGUGCUGUCAGAAGGCCUACGAUGUGCUUAAGCCGGAAGGAAUCCUGCUGGUGAUCACACCGGAUUCGCGCCAUCAAGGAGCUAAUGCUAGACUUAUGAAAAAUUGGCGUUUCACGUUCGGCUUGAUGGGCUUCACUCGGAUAAAGAUUGAGAAAUUGGAACACGUUACGUGCAUGGUGUUCAGAAAGUCAAUUUUUAAGGAAGUUUCAGAACGGUGGUGUAGGAUUCAUAAGGAAGAUUAUAUGGAACCGGUGCUGAAUAUACCGCAGGAUUUUAAAACCGAUACAUUGCCUAAUGGUGAACACGAGCAGGAAGAACACGUUGAAAAAUCUGUUGAAGAUGUGACUAAAAUUAAGGAAAUGUUUGGAGGGUUGCCGUUUGUCGAUGAUGAAAUGAAUUGAUCUAACGGAA